UUUCUGUCUUUUCCUUUCGUCUUUUCCUUAACCUCUCCACUCACCAUGAGGAUACCGUCCUCGGCGAUAACGAAACGAGCAACCAACUUCACCACCGGGAACAGGAGCGAUGCAAUUACGGUCGCAACAUGGGUCUCUCUCGUUGUUCUCGUGGUAUUCUUCCUAUCGAGGGAGGUCAUCAAGUUUACCGUCGUACGGAAGUUUGCAAUUGACGACCUCUUCAUCCUGGCCGCAACAAUAUUCGCAGCUGGGCUCACUGUUACCGCACUCAGGCUGGCAUCGGAUGGCCUGGGAGUAGACUCUGGAUCGUUAACCGUUCGACGGGCGUAUGUGCUCAUGAAAGCAUACUACGCAUCCAACUUUCUAUACAUUGCGUCACUCGGCUUCGCGAAGCUUUCCCUCGUCGUUUUCUUUUACAAGAUCCACCAGGUUCAGCGCACACAGCGCCGUGUAGUGCUCGGCUUCGGCAUUUUCAUUCUCGCAUGGACAGUAGCAUCGCUGGUUGCUAUUGCCUUCCAGUGCGGUUUGCCACAACCAUGGGAGAUGUUCUCACUGCAUUGCUAUGACCUUGGAUCCUUCUGGGUCGUGUUUUGCAUAAUCGACAUGACGACGGAUGUUUCCCUCGUCAUGCUAUCCGUCAACCUGGUCUACUAUCUUAAAGUCAAGAGUUCGAGGAAAGUCGCCGUCGUCGCCUGCUUCGCUCCGCGCAUCCUCGUCAUCGGUGCAUCACUCACACGACUGGUCUAUCUUUACCCUAUUACACCACACACCAAUCCUUCUUUCAAUCUCUGGCUACCGGUGAUUUGUACCCAAGUACAGGUGUCUCUUAGCAUUGUUACGGCAUGCAUCCCCUACAUGCGACCGUUCUUCUACAGCAGCGAUGCACAGGUUCCUGGAGAUGUAGGCUCACGGAGGCAUAUGAUGGCAGCAGACGCAUCGUACACACACUUUUCGUCGAACGAUUAUGCAAGGGGGCACAAGAGAGGUCAGGGACUUUCGCAUGAUUCGACCCCGAACAGUUGGGAAUGUGGUCGUACACCCGACGUCUCUCCCAGAAUCCCCAGUCCUGCUCCACUGAGCCCACUACUACCCCCGAGAGUUACGACUCCAGCGAGCACAGUGGCCAGCAACUCAAGAAGCCCCAGCGAACGAGGAUUACGAUUACAAAUUCCUACCACGAAUAACGCAACCUUGCAUAGAACGACUUUCAUUUCGCCACAGACAGCAAGUUCCCAUGCAUUGUCGCCAGACUGCAUGUCACCUGUGCAGCCAUUCCUACCCAACACCACGCAUUUUACUUCCAUACCACUCACACCGCGAACACCAACUCCACCGCUGCCAUGCCACACCCCGCCCAAUGGCGCGGCAUUCUCUGGUGAUGAAAGUAAUCCAGAGCCGCCCGUCCGAAAUUCACUCAAACGAUUCUCUCUCUUUCCCCCACAUCAAGCACAACGAUACUCUCUUGUUCCCCAAUCACAAGCACAACCGCCGACUUCAGCACCAAAUGAUGUUUCCCAGAAUCCGCGGUCAAAUAGCCGAUCACCAGCAGGCGCCACAUCCAUGUCACGCAUAACACCUCAUGUCGGUGCAUCUGAAACGCACACGACGUCACCCGCAACCCCUGCUCCACACACGAACCCUCUCGUACCCGCACCAAUUCUGAUCCCGACCACGAUGCGGAAAUCACCUCCGCGAGCCAACAACCCUACCGUGAGCUUCGCAACAAUCGUUCACGAGGACCCUCUGCGCAGCAAAUUUCCGCCCGCAACCGCAUUAACAACGAGCGCACCAGUCCCGGCCCCCAUCAUCACCGCGCCUUUAGCACCUGUGCUCGAAUCUCCGCCUCGCACUUCCCACCAAGCACUCAGCACACCUCCACGGCCGAUGUCGUCAGCGCAGCGGCGGCGGAUGAGAUCAGAUUCCAGCCCUACAGUGCACACGCCACCUCCGUCUCGCCCACCAACUGGUCCUCUACCCCAACCACCAACCUCGUCUCCAUCUCGACCACGAGCAAGAUCAUCUCCGUAUCGGUACCCGAGCACGCAACCGUCCCCGCCUGUCGUCAGUCCCACGAGUCCAACGCGCCAGCGCAACCGCCGCAUCCUGACCCCGGGCAAUUCAAUGAGAGACUUCAACAUGUCCCCCAUCAGCCCUGUCAGUCCUCCGACCCCGAUGCAGUUCUGGCGCGAAGACGCGUUUGGGAAUGGCGCGGGACGUACGACGGUGCCGAGCGUGCUGUGGGAAGAGCAGGAUUUGCAGACACGGGAGAAUCCAAGGAUGAUGGUUUCGCCGAUGAAGAGCCCGCGCAUUGUGUUGCAGCGGUUUGAGCGAUGA